UUAAUCGCACACACGAUAUAAAUAUUUAUAAUAAAAUCAGUGAAAUUUCUUUGUCAAAAGAUAGUGUGUGCCUAACGAAAUCGAAUGACAAUUUCAAAAUAAAAUCAAAUUGUUGACAUGAAGAUAUUGUAAUAUUACGUUUUAAUGAAUAAUUGACGAUUACAUUUAAGACAAAAGAUAACAACAUGACGAAUCAUCGUCACUUGAGCACAAGCUCAACGAAUAUUCAAACAUUUGCUGAGCAAAUGCUGGUCGAUCGAAUAUUCAUGGGUGAUUAUCAAGAGAAGCGGUACGUUUCCAAAUUGAAUGCGUACAGAGAUGUUAUUAUUUUGAACAAGAACGAGCAAAUGUUGGCCGAUGAUAUGCGUAAAGUAAAACAUAAAAUUCUCGAAAAAAAUUUAAAUACAUGGUAUGGAUUCAAUGAACCCAAUGAUGCCGAUGCCAUUGCCGCCGACGUAUUUUGUAUUUGGACAAGACUAGAUGAUCCCAACAAACCAUCACAGGAAGCGACUUCAGUUGUAUUUGGUGAAUAUUUGUUUCAAAUAGAAGGUCUUCGUUUUGAUGUGAGCACAGUCGAGAUUUGUGUAAAAGUUCUUAGACCGAUUGUUUCGACAUCGUCAAUGUCGGGAGUCUCAACAAUUUCAUCAUUUGCACAACAAGCUAUUGAAUUCGAUACACAGCGAAUUCAACAAUAUGUCCAAGAUAAUAUCACCGACGUUGAUUGGAUUAUGCUAUUUAAUCAGUGGAAAACGUCAAUCAAUCAAAGAGCAUAUCGAUUCGCAUCGACCGAAAUCACUUGGACCAAUUUCAUUCAAUGCAUUCAUUUGAUCGGCUGGUUUUGUAUAGCCGUUGCAAAACUAUCCGUAAAAUUUGUAAUUUAUAUUGGUGAAUUUUCACUUCGUUUAAUUUCCGAACUGACCAAAUUGAUGAAAGCGAUGAGCCCAAUUGCAAUGGCUGUCAUAAGCCUUUUAAGUAAAAUGAUUGGUGGUCUUUAUAUUCUGAUCGCCAUGAUUUGGAAAGAUUUAUUUUAUGGUGAUAGUCCGCAAAAUCGCAAAAAUGGCCCAGCCAACCGAAAUAAUUUUAGAUUUACCGGUCGUCCGGCGAUUACAUACCGAGAUGAUCCACGUCCAUUUUUACAAAACUCUUAUGGUCGACGAUCAACAACAACUUCGUCUAGAUUUAAUUCGAAUACAUGAAUACAAACAAAAUAUUUCCACAAAA